AUGGCCCUCCCUUACCGUACAUCAAGUUCCAUAGUUGUCAUGUGCAAGUGCAUGUAUAUUUCCCUACUGUCUACUGAUAUAGCUGUUUGGUUUUUUAUUCAAAAUUGGUUUGGGUUGUCGAACACAGAUGCAUUUGGGGAGCAGGGAAGAGCUGCUAAAAACCAAUUUUCUGCUGUUCCACCAAAUUCUGCAGUCAGUAUGGAUGUGGGAUUAGUUUCAUUAAAGCCAGUAGUUGAUGUUACAGGAGAUUUGAAAAUAUCUGUUAGUAUUAUACUGGCUUAUUUAACUUCCUCCUUUUAUGGUAUUUCACUUGCAGAACAGGAAAAAGAAUCAUGGGAAAUGAGUGCCCAUGAAAAGUUAGAGGCUGCAGAGAAAUCAAAAGUUGCUGGCAACGACUUAUUCAAGAUCGGGAAGUUUCAAAGGGCUGCAAACAAGUAUAACAAGAGAGGUUAUGUUAAUGAGGAUGGACAUUUUGAAGAUGAACCUGAAAAGUUAAUUAAAACUUUGAGAGUAUCCUGCUGGUUAAACCAUGCAGCAUGCUGCCUUAAACUGAAGGAUUUUACCCAAGCAAUUAGCUUGUGUUCAAAGAUUUUAGAAAUUGAGUCUUGCAAUGUGAAGGCUUUGUAUCGGAGAGCACAAGCUUAUGGUGAACUGUAUGACCUGGAAUUAGCCAAGACAGAUGUAUUGAAAGCACUGGAAUUGGAUCCUAACAACAAGGAGGUGAAGUUACUUCAAGCAAAUCUGAAAAAGCUUCAGGUGGAGCGUAACAAGGUGGACGCAAAGGUCUAUGCAAACAUUUUUGAUCGAACAGCAAAAGAAUCCGAUGUGGUGUCAAAGAAGCGCAAGGUUGAAAAUUCAAGUCACAAUGAAGAAGCGAAGAACGUUGACGCGGAGAAAGCAGAAGUGGUCAAAGAGUUGUAG